GUUAGUUGAUUUUAUGAAACCAGCCAUGUUGGGCAGUGACAGAUUAUUUAGUGUAUAUACGUGAAGGUUUUAUUUAAAAAAUAUUGUUUUGUGUGCUGUUCAGUGACUUAUUAUUGGAUUAAUCAUGUCGACCAUUGUGGAAACUAUGAACUGGGGCACAGAACUUUGGGAUCAAUACGAUAAUCUAUCGCUGCACACACUGAAAGGCAUCGAUUUUUUAGAGAAGUUUGGUCACUUCGUCAAGGAUCGAGCGUUAAUAGAGUCCGAAUAUGCAACCAAAUUAAGGAGACUAGUGAAGAGUUACCAACCGAAGAAGAAGGAGGAGGAGGAAUAUCAAUACACACCAUGCCGAGCUUUCAAAGCUUUAAUGAACGAAAUAAACGACUUGGCCGGACAACACGAAGUGGUCGCCGAAGACUUACAAGCCAACGUAAUCAGAGAACUGACGGCAUUAGUCAAAGAUCUUCGUGAAGAACGAAAAAAACACCUGCAAGAAGGCCAGAGGUUAUCGCAAUCGUUACAACUGCAAAUAGAGUAUUUACAUAGGGCGAAAAAGGCAUACGACAAAGCGUUCAGGGAGUCGGAGAAGGCACUGGACAGUUUUCAGAAAGCCGACGCCGACCUUAAUUUAUCGCGGGCGGAAGUCGAGAAGCAACGAUCGAACCUGUCGCACAAAUCCCAAGUCUGUGAUGCCGCCAAAAACGAAUACGCCGUACAGUUGCAGAGGACGAACGAACUGCAGAAGGAACACUUCAACGUCAGUUUGCCGGAGGUGUUCCGGAGCCUGCAGGAAUUGGACGAGAAACGGAUAAGGAACAUCAAGAACUUCAUCAGGAGCUCGGUGGAUAUUGAACGGAACGUUUUCCCGAUAAUCAACAAAUGUUUGGACGGUAUACUAAAGGCUGGCGAAAUAAUUAACGAGAAAGAAGACACAAUGUUAGUCAUAGAGCGAUACAAAUCGGGUUUCAAUCCACCGGAAGAUUUCCCCUUCGAAGACCUGUCAAAAGGCAAUAGUGAUUCCGGUAGUGCAAACAAUAUAAACAAUAUAGCUCAAAGUGGGAAAUUGAAGGAUGGUGGCUACACGGUGAAAGGAACAAUCACCGGCAAAGCGUUGAAGAAACGCGGUGGUAUUUUCCAAAUAUUUGGAAGUCGAGGGCUUUCAGAAGUCUGUAUGGCGAUAAAGAACGCUGCAAUUUCUGAUGGAAAGGAGGACUUAAGCGACCUGCCACCAAACCAGAGGCGGAAAAAGCUGCAACUUAAAAUCGAGGAACUGAAAGCCAAAGUUGCACAAGAAACUGCGGCUCGAGAUGGACUGAUGAAAAUGAAAACGGUUUAUGAGGCAAAUCCGGCCCUUGGUGAUCCCAUGUCGAUAGAAGGUCAAUUGAACGAGUGCUACCAACGAUUGGACAAAUUCCAAAAUGAAUUAAAACGCCAUCAGGGGUACUACGAAGAGGCGGUGAAAAGCAUUCAAACGGGUGGCGGCACGAACAACGGCCAGAACAAUUCGCUGACAAACUCACCGCGGCUCACGAAUGGCGGCGCCCCCCAUCACAGGAACUCGGGAGGCAGCGCUGGCGAGGAGGAGUCGUUGAGCAGGUCGGCGAGCGACACUAGCGUUACGAAUCCCACGCUCAACCAUAACAAACAGUCUGCACCCGGCACGCCUCAGCUUAACAACCACGGUUGUUCCAAUAGCCCAGAAAGUGGACUGGGCACUUCGCACACGUCUUUGCCCGGGUCCGAUCAGUACGACGGACACGGGGCAGAUCCGGAAAGCGAAUACUACGAGGCCGACAUGCUACCAGCGAUAGGAACCUGCAAAGCACUUUAUCCCUUCGAAGCUACCAGUGAGGGUAGUAUACCGAUGGAACAGGACGAAGAACUACAUUUAAUAGAACUAGAUCAAGGUGAUGGAUGGACAAGAGUAAGAAGAAUAAAUGGGGAAAACGAAGAAGGCUUCGUUCCAACUUCGUAUAUCGAAACAACUCUAUACAAUACUUAAGUGUAACUUCAAGUCGGAAGUUGGAGGACUCUUACUACAGAGAUAUACAUAUAUUUUUAAUAUUAUUUUUGCAAUGCAAACUUAGGUUCUCCUUUUUGUUUAAAAUUGUUCACAUAUUGCUCAGUAAGAAACAUAACUUGUGAUCAAAUAGGUUGAAUGUGAGUAGGGAAGCUCUGAAUUUAGUCGUGCAAGUUAUGCAAUGUAUUUUCAUUUUACUUAAUCGCAUUUAUUGGAAAGUUGAGUAGAAGGGAAAUAUUAGUCAUUUACUGGGUAGAGCAAUUGUUAUAUAAACUGGUUUACUGACAAUUAGAACAAGCACAUAAGAUCAAAGUAUAACGUUAACGUCCAUAUAAUAAUGUACUGCUUAUGCGACAUAUAUUAAAUUAAUAUUUCGCUUAGCACAAUUGACUUUCGUUCAAUAUUUGUUGCUGCUAUUAUUGUUGCAAUGUUUUAUACACAAGUCUGUAAAUUUUCAUAGGUAACUUGUCUCGUCUUUGACAAUUUAUUGUUUAUGAUGGGCAGUAUACUAGUUAUUUUUGUGUAUAUGCUCAUUCUAUUACUACUAAUAUAGGAUAUUCAUAUUAUAUAAUGUAAAAUAUUAGAAAUAGUUUUAAAUUUUAUAAAUAUUUAGUUUUUAUAUAGUUUCAAAUUAUUACUUUUUAAAUGAAUUAUACUCACCACUUCUCCUUUAUACGAGUAUUUGUUGGUGUGACACCAGUCUUGUGCUAAAUUCUGGACUGUGAUUGUGCAUCUCAAACAGGCUUACUUGGGAUGUUAAAUCAGCCCCCAAUAAGCACUAAUUCUUGUGUGUGGCAAAUACAGUCAAAAUGGACAUUUUUCUCCAUUUAAGUUUUCAACUGUUGAUGUAAAUAUAUAUUUUUUACUCGAUAGUAACUUGUGAUCAUCUAAUAGAAAUAGAUACAUAUUAUUUAUACAUAUAUAUUUUUAUUAUUUAAAAAUUAUUUUUGUUGUUGAAUUCAAAUCGGUGAACCUUUAUUUCAUUCAUGGUAAUGUUCAAAAUUUAUUUUGCGAAUUAUACAAAAAAUAAAUUUUGCUCAGGCUUCUAUGUGCUUUUAAGGACGAUUAUUGUAAAAAAGAAAUAUAUAUAUUACGUAACACGUACGCAUAUAUGUAUGUAUUGUGUCGAUAUACUUUAAUGUUUAUCAUCUUCAUCAUAUCAUUCUAUUAUUUAGGAUCAGUUACAGAUAGUUCCCUGUCAUUAGCUAAAAAUUAGUUGAGAAAAGGGAAUUCUCUGAAUGCAUGUGGUUGUGAAUAGUUUUUCAUGCAUAUCAUCUCAUAUUCAUCUGCUUUAGGUGGUUCAUUUGUCUGAAAUAUAUAUGUUUACUUUUGUCCUUAAAAGUUCAUUUUCAAUGUAUAAUGAAAUUUAUUUAAGUGUAUGUCAAUUCAAAUUAAUUAUUUAAAAUAUUUGUAUAUGACUGAUCCUUGUAUUAUAAAUAAAAAUAGUAAAUACCUUA